AUGGAGCCCCCAGCCACGCCGCCACAGAAGAGAAAGCUUGGAGACGAAGCGCCGAGCCCGCCGAAGGACGUCGACGAUGUCGCGCGGUCCGAGCAGCUUAUGAACGCAUGGCUGCAGCGACAUCAAACGGAGAUUCAGAAAGCGGAACGCAUCUUGAGUGCUCGUUGGUCGAACCCUGCUCUCUUCAAGGAGCGUCCGGAGCUUUGCGACGAGGUGCUCCAGGUGAUGAAGCGGGUCCUGGGAUUGGGCCCUGCAGGAAGUGCAAGCUCCGAAAGCAAGUCCUUGCUGCUCCUGGGCGAGAGUGGCUCCGGCAAGACCCAGGCGGUCGAAUGGUGCCUUCAGCGCCUCAGGGAGGAGCGCUCCAACGUCGUCGCGCUGAGGGCCUUUGGGGGGGCCUAUGAUUCCAACAUGGAGUGCCUGAAGCACCUGGCAACGCAAGUGGCCGCGCACUGCCUCUCAACGCCGCCCAACUCCUGCCUCGAGGGUUCGAUGGAAUGGUUUCGUGGCCUCCUCCAGGUGAGCUUCAAUCAUGACAGCGCUGUCGUGAUCGUCCUGGAUCAGUUCGAGAAGUUUUGCAGAUUUACGCGCCAGACGUUGCUGUACAACCUCUUCAACCUCGCGCAGGAAAUGAGCAUUCGGCUGUGCAUCGUCGGCAUCUCCUCGCAGUUUGAUGUUUUAUCAAAGCUGGAGAAGCGAAUAUACUCGCGCUUUCAGAUGCACAGCAUUUAUGCAACCUUGCCUCGGUCAGCAGGUGAACUGCUGCAGAUUCUGGAAUGCAGACUUCACCUGCCGCACAGCAGUAAGGGUCUGGACGAUGCCUUUGUGUCGGAGUUCAACAGCAAAGUGUCAACUGCACUGAAAGCACGUGUACGCUUGCAUGACUGGACCACGAAGAUUGAUGGUGGCUUCAAGCCCAGCUGGUUCCUCUGGAGAUGCCUGCCAGUCACGAGCUUUCUGCGGGGUUCCGUUGCAGAGAAACGUCCGCGGGUAUGCGGCCAGUUCGAUUCUGACGAGCAGCGGCAAGAACUUCUCCUGUCAGGCUUGGUAGAGUGCGAGCACUUGAUUCUCCUCGCGCUCUUCCGGCAAUGGGACCACUCGCCGAAAACAGUUCGCAGUUUGAGCACGACGCUCUAUGAGCUUAAACGAUUGGUGGAAACGGAGAAAGGUCGCGAUCUUGGAGGUGUCCUAGCAGACCACACCGACGUCAGCUUGACGGCGGCCUUCAGCCGGCUGCUGGAAAUCAAGCUGGUACGAUUCUGCCCCGGCUUGUCGGAGGACGUUCCGAAGAUGUACCGCCCAUGUGAAAGCAUGGUGGACGAGGUCUAUAGGAAGUGGGUGGCAGACCUGCCAGAAAAGGCGCGGAAGGAGACGCCAAACUCACCCAAUCCUCUUAGGCUAUUGCCGGAGGGAGUUCGGAUAUGGACCCUCAGAGGGUGCAGGACCUGA